AGGCCCUUUAAAUAACAAGUGAUGACAUCACAAUUCUGAGACUGCAUCCUGUCUCACACAGAUGAUGCACACCAGUCUGGCCAUAAAAGGAAUUGCAGAAAAUGAGCAGCAUCCCCCACAAUGCACCAUAGUCAGCAAGAGAGACACGGCCAGAGCACUGAAAGAUAUCAGGUAUUGAUGUAACUGGAGUGAAUAAUGGAACCUUCUUUCUAAGCAUUGGAGCCUGUUAUCAGCAUAAACUCUUUUGUGUUAGACAAACACUUGAAUAGUUCAUAUCCAUCCUUCACUACAGGAAACAUCAGAAUGAUAUCACAAACUGCAAAAGUCUUAAACACUAAUGACUAUUCACAAACAUUGGGGAUAUCACAACAGAUAUUUAAAGAAGAUGGUGAAUUGGCAGGAACUGGGCAGGAAUCAUUAUGUACAGAAAGUAAUUUAGUCAUUAAACAAGAGGACAACAUUUAUGCCUUAUCUAGUGAAAUGAUUAUCCAAGAGGAUAAACCACACACAUUUACUGAGUUCUCAAAACAUUUCAAAGAAGAGAAAAUUCUACAGGAGAAAUAUUUCACAUGUACAGAAUGUGGGAAAAUCUUCAAAUUGAAGUCAUAUCUCUUAAAACACCACAAAAUUCACACAGGGGAGAAGCCUCAUACAUGUACAGAGUGCGGCAAAUGUUUUAUACAAAGGACAAAACUUAUAGCUCAUGAAAGAACUCACACAGGGGAGAAACCAUUCAGUUGUUCAGAGUGUGGCGUACAGUUAUCACGAAAGUGUCAUCUCUUAAACCAUCAAAGGAUUCACACAGGAGAAAAACCUUUCAAAUGUACAGAGUGUGGGAAAAGUUUUACACAAAAGAGUAAACUGAAAAUUCAUGAAAGGAUUCACACAGGAGAAAAGCUUUUCACAUGUACAGAGUGUGGAAAAAGUUUUACACAAAUAAUUAGUCUGAAAACUCAUGAAAGGAUUCACACAGGAGAAAAGCCAUUCACAUGUACAGAGUGUGGAAAAAGUUUUACACAAAUAAUUAGUUUGAAAACUCAUGAAAGGAUUCACACAGGAGAAAAGCCUUUCACAUGUACAGAGUGUGGAAAAAGUUUUACACAAAAGGGUGAUCUGAAAAAGCAUGAAAGGAGUCACACAGGAGAAAAGCCGUUCACAUGUACAGAGUGUGGAGUACAGUUUUCACGAAAGUGUCAUCUUUUAACCCACAAAAGAAUUCACACAGGAGAAAAACCUUUCAUGUGUACAGUAUGUGGGAAAAUGCUUGCAGACAAGACAACUUUCCGAAGACACCAACUUAUUCACACAGGGGGAAAACCUUUUACAUGUGCAGAGUGUGGAAAAAGUUUUACAUUAAAGAGUAAUCUGAAAUCUCAUGAAAGGAGUCACACAGGAGAAAAGCCUUUCACAUGUACAGAGUGUGGAAAAAGUUUUACACUAAAGAGUGGUCUGAAAACUCAUAAAAGGAGACACACAGGAGAAAAACCGUUCACAUGUACAAAGUGUGGAAAAAGUUUUUCACGAAUGGAUAAUCUGAAAACUCAUGAAAAGAUUCACAAAGGAAGAAACUUUUCACAUGUUUAGAAGCUGGAAAAAAGGUUUCUAUGCAAGUCAGGUAUAAAAAAAACCACAAACUAAUUACACAGAAAAUAAAAUUUAUAAACAGUGUAGAAAUAUUUUAAGUAUCCUAAAGAGGACAAACUCUCUAAAUAGAAGAGUCAAAAAAAUGAUCCUAUUGUAAAUAAUAGUUUCUAAAUCCUAGUUACAAAAGCCACUACAAUGAUUGACAUCUGGGAGAUAUAUUUAAUGUUCACAUCUUGAUGAAACGACCGGAAGGUCGAGAAACGCGUUGCUGUUUCCACUACAUAUCUAAUAUAUGUUUUAUUAGAAACAAUAAUUAAAAAAAAACAAAAAUAUUGGAAUCCAGAUCAGUAUUUUGUGUGUUUUUAUGUUAUGGUAAAAAUACAAUAUCACAGAAUAAUUAGGAAUACCUCAUUAGAGAAAGAAGGUAAAUCUGACAGUCAAAGUUUACCGCUGAUAAUUCAGUUAGAGCAUGCAAUUUUACCUUUCUACUUUAUGUAUUUUUUUUGUUCUCUUGAGUAAACCUAGGUAGGCUGAUAUAAGCUUAGGAGCAUGCACAUGCCUUUAGCACUCUGUGCAGCAGUGUUUGCAAAUAUGUAUGACAUUGCUAUAAGUGUUACUGAAUAAUCUGAUGCCUGAUUGCUAAUGAUAACUUCAGGCUCCUAAGCUUUAAAUUAUUUUUUCUGGAUAGAAUCAUAUUGCCUCUGCAGAUGUUUUGUAGUUUUCAGUAGAUGUUUUUAUGAUGCUGAAAUCCUCCACAGUAAAAUUGGUUCUAUGCAAUGUGCAGUAAAUGGUUGUGAGAUACAAACAGCUGGCUUUUUAUCUUGUUACUAUAUUGUUACCAUUUGCCUGAUGAAACAACCACUGUAUUUGGUCGAGAAACGCAUUGCAAACAUUAAAAUUUUGUUUUUAUUUCA